AUGUCCAUCUAUAUUGAUGAAGGAACUAGGAACGAUCGAAUGGUUCGAUAUUUCGAAAGAAAGUUCGCCGAAGGCGUUGCGAAUCCCGAUCGGAAUCUCAAGCUUCCGACGCCGCCCAACGACGUUGACUAUGACGACAAUGACGAGGCGACGUCGACGGGAAAAAGCCGACUCGAACGCAAAAAGUUCGGUUUCAAUGUCCUCGGAAGUAUUCUGAAGAAUGUCGGACGAUUUGUCGGCGGACUUUUGGGCGGAUCGCGGAAUGCUCACUCUGACGACACAAAUAUGCGUCUCCUCAUCGCUCUCCUCGUCAUUCUCUCAUUCGUCUGCAUCGCAGCCCACACACUACACGACGCGUGGAAUCCGAGAAUGUCGCUAAUCGUGAGCCGCAAAUCCGCCGGCAAUCGCUAUUACCGCGGAGCGAAGAAGCGUGUACAACCCUGA